AUGAUUACUAGUGAGAAUUUUUUUGUCAAUUUGGAACAUUGGUCUCAAAUUCAUGAAAAAUUACGUUUAGCUAUUGAACGUUUAUUAUCAGUAUGUGAUGAUGAAUUUACAACAGUUUUACAUAAUAAAUUAUUAUUUAUAAAUCGUCGAUGGAAAGAAAUAGUUGAAUCUAUUCAACAAUUUAAACAUGAUGAAUCAGUAAAGAAAAAACGUGAUGAAUUUUAUGCUGGUCGUGCAAAAUUAUUAGAUACAUUAGAUAAAAUUGAUCGAGAGAU